GAAAAUGGAUAUAACAGGAUACUGCAGGGAUCUCAUCAAGAUACUUGAACAAGCUGAAAACAUGAGUGAGAAACUCACCCCACUGAAAUUAAUCGAUGCGUGGUCUGGGAAGGGUGUAUCAAAACUCAGGGUGGCUGAAGUUACUCCACCAAAACACCCUCGAGAGGAACUGGAGAGAAUUAUUGCCCAUUUACUGCUGCAGCAGUAUCUGAGGGAAGACUUCAGCUUCACAGCAUUCGCUACAAUAUCCUACCUGAAGAUAGGACCAAAAGCAGGUCUGCUGAAAAACGAGGGGCACAUCAUAACUAUAGAAGGAAUAACAAACAAGAAAAGUGUAUUCAAGGACAAACCAUCUCAAUCUUCGAAUUCCAAAGGAAGCAGAGAUAAUGCCCGGACUACCUCAAAGACUGCCCAGGAUUCAGUGGUGAAGAAGUCACAGGAACAUAAACGGCCUAACUGCAGUUCUAAUUUAAAAGCAAAGAAGCUUAAGCUUCAGGCAGGUGGAGAUGACCAGCCAGUAGUUCUUGACUGAGCUUCACAGACUACAUUUAGGAUCUAGUCAUGUUUGCUUCUCCAUGGACAAUGCAGUGUGUAA